AUGAGUUUGACAUGUAGGUAUUUGUAUCAAAGAAACAAAUGCUCACUUCAAUAAUACUAAUAUUAAGAUCCCAUAAAUCACUUUCAUGAUAAUCUUCAAAAAUUUAACUAAUAUCUUGUUCACAACAAUAAACCAAUUUUACCUCCUAUUAAAGAAUAUUAAAGACAUAAAUCUUAUUCAAUUCAAUAUGAUUCUUAAUUUUAUUUAAACUUACAUCAAAAACAUCCUUAUUUAGAUAAAAUUAAACCAAAAAUAAAAAUGAGGACAUAAAUUUCUUAAAACUCUGAAUUAGAAAUCAGCUUAUCUUUACAAAUAAGAAAAGCUAAAUUAAAAGAUAUUUCAUUUAGUAGAUAAAAUUAUUAAUCAAAUGGGAUGCAAAAGAAAGAAGAAAAGAUUUUCACAUUAAAUAAUUUAUCUAAUUCAUUCAAAAAUAAAAAAUAAGAUAGUAAUGAAAAAUAUCUUGAAGAACCUUAAUAGACAAACAAAAUUAAUGAAUCAUAAAUCUGCGGUUGGUUAUAAUUAAAUAAUGAAGAUAAUUAUUGA